AUGGACGGCCUGGCCGAUGCCUCCAAGGUGCUCUGCGUCUACAAGAGUUUCGGCUGCGUGAGGUACGUUGACCAGCACUCGCUGGCAGAGCAUAGUUCCAGAUGCGCGCACGGGCCCUACUACUGCUAUGAGUGCACGCCAUCAUUUCAGGGCUCGCCGUCGAGCCUCGUGCGUCACCUCACGACACCGUCCGUCGAACACUACUGGCCCAUGGAGGUGAACAUCAAGUACGAGACGUGCUACCCAUUCGCUAAGCCAGAGUCGUUGGAGGAUCACCACCGCCUGCUAGUCGCGGAGGAGGAUGGCAGCGUCUUCCUCUUGGUCGUGGGCACCGACAAGGCCCGCGCAAGCCACCACCCCAUCUCUGUAGUGUGCGUCAGGGGCAACGCCGCUGACGCUGACAUGAGGCCGGUGUACGGGUGCGUGCUCACUGUUACUGCCCCUCAGAGGUACGUGGGUGCCCACCCCGGCUCCAUGACGCUGACUCGGACUGUGUGA